AUGUCGUUAGAUAAACUUUUAGAUCAUCUUUUCAAUUUGAAGUUUGCUUCGAAAGAACUGCAGCGAAACUCAAAAAAAUGUGAAAAAGAGGAAAGAGCAGAGAAGACGAAAUUAACAAACGCAAUAAAGAAAGGCAAUAUGGAAGUAGCGCAGGUACACGCUGAAAAUGCAAUACGCAAAAAGAAUGAAGCCUUGAAUUAUUUAAGGAUGUCGGCACGAAUUGAUGCAGUAGCAGCACGUGUACAAACGGCCGCUACACAAAAGCGUGUAACUCAAAGUAUGUCUGGUGUUGUGAAAGCAAUGGAAUCGGCUUUACGCUCAAUGAAUUUGGAAAAAGUGCAAAAUUUGAUGGAUCGUUUCGAGAAAGAUUUCGAAAAUUUAGAUGUACAAUCUGCUACAAUGGAAGGUUCGAUGACAGCCACGACAACGUUAAAUACACCUCAAGCACAAGUUAAUGCUUUAAUCCAAGAAGCGGCAGAUAAGGCUGGUUUGGAACUGAAUAUGGAAAUGCCAUCAACAGUAUCAGUUGGUGGUAAAGUUUCAACAUCGACAGCGGAGAAUGAUGAGCUAACACAACGUUUAGCAGCACUGAGACAAAAUUGA